AUGCCCCCGCCCCUACUCCGUUCCUCAGCCCUCGCCCACAAUCGCCUGCUGCAGCUGCCGGUGCUGCGACUGGCUGUUACCCAGGCUCUGGGGUGGCUAGUGAGCAACUAUUGGACCAGGCAGGCGGCCAUGCGAGCAGCAGGCAGCGAGGAUGGAGAGGAGAGGGCAACCCACCUCGCCCUAUCACUCUUCCCCUUCGUCUGUUUUCUUGCCUCAUUCCCUUGUCCCCAUCCAGGCUCUCGGGUGGCUAGUGAGCAUCUACAGGCCCUGGGGUGGCUAGUGAGCAACUACUGGAGCAGGCAAGCAGCCAUGUUAGCAGCAGGCAGCGAGGAUGCGGAGGGGAAGUUCUCCUCCUUCAGACGACUCACUGUUACCACCGCCACUGCUGCCCGUGUCAAUGCCAACGCCAAUGCUAAGCGCAAGUUUCCUGCCAGCCCCAAACCUGCUGCUGCCGGUGAUGCUGCUGCUGCUGGUGGUGGUGUUGAUGCUGGUGCUGCUGCUGAUCCUGCCGCCGCAACGGCGGCUGCUGCCGCUGAUUCUGCCAACGCCGCUGCUGCUGCUGAUUCCGCCGCUGCGGCUGCUGCUGCUGACUCUGCCGCUGCGGCUGCUGCUGCAACGUUGGCGUUCGCAGCAGCGUCUGAGCCUGAUGAUUCGAUUCUGGUGGGGAAGCACAUGCAGCACCCAGCCAGGCAGAGGAAGGCGCAGUUGAGAGAGUUGCGGAGGUGUGCAGAGCGGUCUAUGGGCGAUUUUGCUGCUCUGCUGCUGAGGCAGCUGAGGAGAGUCGUGAAUGCUGCUUAUAACGCGGAUAAGGGCUGUCAGGGCGGUGUGGGUGAGGAAAGGGGGGCGCUAACGGGGUUGGGGGGAGGGGGAGGAGGGGGAGGGGGUGGGGGGGAAAGAGGAGAAGAUUUGGAAGGGUUAGAAGAGGCGGUUUGGGAGGUGUUGGAUCAUAUAAGAGGGUUACCAGCUGCGUUACUGUCGCAUAUAGUGAGUGAGCUUAUAGCGGUGGUUGUGAGGGGCGGGAGCAGGGGGGUGGGUGGUGAGGGGAAUGAGGUGUGGAGAGGUGGUGAGGGGGUGUGUGAAGGGAUGGGUGGAGAGGGUGGGCAGGGGCGGUUGGAAGAAGGGGACUGGAGGGAUGAGGAGGAGUGGAGGGAGAUUAUGCAGUGUUUGGAGUGGUUGCUAAUGGAAGGGGAGUUGGAAGAGGAAGAAGGGGAGGAGGGGGACGGGGAUGGGAAGAAGGGAGGGAUGGAAAAGGCAGUGCAAAAAGUGGUGGUGAGGAGACAGUGGGAAGGGCCGGGAGGGAAGGAGGGGGAGAAGGAAGAGGGGGAGGAGGAAGAGGAGGAGGAGGAAGAAGGGGAAGCGGAAGGGGAAGGGGAAGGGGAGAAGAAAGGACAUGGGCAUGGGGAUAGGAUGGAAUGGAUUGGUCAAGAGGAGGAUGGAUUAGGUCGGGAGACGCCUGAAAAUGGUGGUGAGGAGAAAGAAGAAGAGGAGAAAGAGGAGGAGAAAGCGGAAGAGGAGGAUGUUGAGGAGGAGGAGGAAGAGGAAGAAGAUGAGGAGGAAGAGGAAGAAGAUGAGGAGGAAGAGGAGGAAGGUUGGGAGGGGGAAGAGGACGAUAUGGAUUUCGAUCUGGGAGGCACAGACACACCAGCACACGGCACCCCAUCGCAUGGCUCGUCUCGAGCUCACGGCACCCCAUCACAUGGCUCGUCUCGAGCUUCUCGAGCUCACGACACCCCAUCGCACGGCAAGUGGUUCCCUCUGCCUCUCCUCGCCCGCUGCGCCACGCGCUGCCUGCACGCCCUCCCGUCCUGUCCCCGCCUGCCACAUGUGCUUGCUGAUGUGUCACUUGCGCUCGCUGACCGGAUGAUCCCGAGGGAAGGGGAGGAGGGGAACGAGGAGAGGGAAGGGGGGGAGUGGGAGGGGAAGGGGGAAGGGAAGGGUGGAGGUGGAGGAGGUGGGUCUGAGGCAGGUAGAUUUGGUGGAGGCAGGAGCAAAGGAGGGGGCGAGGGGACGAAUAGGAGCAAAGGGAGAGGGGCGGCGAUGAGCUGGCGAAUUCGGCAGCUAGUGAGGCACGGGCUGGUGGAGUGGUGGGAGGAGAGAGGGGCAGCAGGUCUUGCUGGCUCUGCUGGUUACCCUGCUCUUGCGUCUGGUGUGGUUGCAUCCAUUGGUGCGGUUACACCCGGUGCUGUGGUAACAUGCGGUGGUGGUGUGGUAACCACACCAGGUGCGUUUCCCGCUGCCUGGUUGGCCCAUUCGCAGCGGUUGAGAGAGAUUCUGGUGGCGAGCGGUGACGAGCUUAUGGCGAGCGGUGCUCUAGAGGGGGUUUGGUUGACUGACAGUGCACCGGAAAUGUGGGGUGAGCAAGGCUUGGGGCUUGAAGGAGGGCCUCGGAGUGCAGAACAGGGUUUUGAGACAGCUGAAAAAUCAGGGAUCCAGAAUGCAAAACGGGGAGGGGAAGUGGCGGAGAGGCAGCGAGGGGGGCGGGGGAAGAGAAGGCGAAGAGGGAAGGGAGGGAGAGCAGGGGCAGAGGCUAGGGAGGGUGAGGGAGGAGAGAGGGGGACAGAUGGGGAAGCGGGAGGAGGAAUAACAGGAGGAGGUGAAGGAAGGGGAGAAGGGGGAAGAGAAGAAGAGAGUGAGGAGGAGGGGGCAGAAGUGGAGGAGGUAGAAGGGACGAGUUUCGAGGAAGGGACUGAGAAGCUUCUGAGGGAGAUGGAGCGGGAGCUUAGCACGAUUGAGCAAGUGGUUCGGGCGAGUACCAGCACGGGGAGAGGAGGAGUUGUGGUUGCGAGGAAGGGAAGGGCUGAUAGCGGGUCGGACAAUAAGGGGGAUGGUAAAAAGAGACGGAAAGGAGGCAUGGGAGAGAGGAUAGACACUGUGAAUGGGAAGAGGAAAGGAGAGAGGGGGAAAGGGGAGGGGGGGAAGAGGCAAAAGGGAGGUGGAACGGGAGGGGCAGGUGGGAAAAGGAGGAAUGUUGCUGAGGGGCAGGUGCAGCUAACUGGGUGCCCUGUGCUGUGGGGACCAUGCCGUCCCUAG